CGACAGUGACGGUGAGGGCAGCAGGCGACAGCCAUGAUUCGAACAAGUUUGUCGAUCGCAUGGACGAGACUGAGAACGGGUCUGAUUAUGGCGCGGACAACACUGCCAAUGAUCAUGAUGAAGUGGCCAAAGCUUCUUCAACACCAGUUGUCGGCACCAAGCGCCAACUGGAGGACUCGGAGGUCCUCAAUACUGACCCGAAGUUCAAGAAAGGUCCAAAUGGAACACGCCAACGGUUAAAGGCUAGCGAUUUCGACGACAUCACUAAGGAUUUGCUCACUACUGCCACAUCUAUCUACCGCUGUCUAGUUGUGACUCGCGCACCUUUUCCAGAGACACUGAUCGUUGAGACGAAGUUAGCAAAGGAUGCCUGGCGUGAGGCGUCUAACAUGGCAGAGCUUACCAUCCAACUUACCCCUUCUCUCGUCAAAAUGAUGACGAGGCGCACAUCACAUGUGCGCGGGGAGCUUAAAACAAAGAUGCGCGUACUGACGGCCUCGUUCUUUGGGUUCCGUGCAAGCAGAUCUAUACUCGCCAUCAAGGCAAACCGUGACCUGGCCGAGUCUCUCAAGGAAGGAUCACGUUUUGUUUUCAAGGACUGGGAAAUGAAACGUGGCAUAUACAAGACCGAAUUAAUCCAGUCGGCGGUCAACGAUAUGUGGUUUACAAACCGAAGCGACGAGGGUAUAGUAUAUGCUAAAUACUUUGAUCCUUUACCCGUUCAAACCAUUGCACUUAUACUCACAGCGAUUGAAUGCUGCAUCGAUGAGUGGAUGACUGGUGUAAAGGAGGACAUCAAAUUUUCGUCGGUGGCUUACUCCCCGGUCUACCUUAUCCAUCUCAAAUCCCUGCGGCGGUUCGAGGAGCGGACUGCUGCUUACAAACUGCUCGGUAAAAUUGGUGUCAAUCUUCUCGACAUCGCUCGGAUGCACGCUGGUGUGGAUCCACUUAUGGCAGCAGUGACUAUUGAUAGCUUUACCGAUGAUGUUUUCGAUGAUGCGAUUCGAGAGUACGAAGACGAGGCUCGAGAAGCACAAGAAGGGGGUGGUGACUCGGAUUGAGGCGGCUUUCGAGAGUACGAAGACGAGGCUCGAGAAGCACAAAGGGGGUGGUGAUUGAGGCGGCUGUAUCUCGAGGAUUGUAUGCAUGCUCACGCACUAUAGCACCUUAAUUGAUUCGAUUU